ACGCUCUCAGACGCCUCUGCACAAGCGCUGUGAGCGCGCCUCGCCGGGUCGCCCUCGGCUACAGACCGUGACGCAUGCGUGCUGCAAGUCCUGCGCCUGCGCGUUGAGGCGAAGGAGUGUGGGGGGGAAACAGGUCGGCGUCGGAGCAGCGGCUGCAGAGCGGUGCGCGUGCGCAGCCGGGAAGCGGAGCAAGGCGCAAACUGGAGUGUAGGACGGUUCAAAGCGGUGCGCAUGCGCAUCAAAAAAAAAAAAGACUGAGGCGGCUCUUGAGACGGGUUGCUCACGUGCUACAAGGGAACCGAGGCUAGAGAACGCUUAGCCGUGCGACCCUGGAGUUGCGUCAAAGCUGCGCGCCUGCGCAACCGCAAAGGGAGGCGGGAGGAAGUGAGUGCGUUUUCCUCUUAGGCGACGCCAUUUUGUGCUCAGAGCCGCCACAGCCGCGGGCGGCGAGUGUAUGAGGUUCCGGAGCGGGAGGGGAAGUCGCGGAAGCGAGAAUGGCUGAGCCUAUGACGGGGUCAGGCGAGCCCGGCUGUGGUCCGGUGGCCUCGGAUGCAGGGACGCGGCGGCUCAGUGACUUGCGGGUGAUCGACCUGAGGGCGGAGCUGAAGAAGCGGAACCUGGAUACGGGCGGCAACAAGAGUGUGUUGAUGGAGCGGCUGAAGAAGGCAGUUAAGGAGGAAGGACAAGAACCUGAGGAGGUCAGCAUCAGCUGUGGAGCCACGAGCAAGAGAGCUGUAAAGAGAUGCACCAAAGGACCCAAGAUGGAGGAGGAGGAGGGCGGCGAGGACAACAGCCUGGAAGAAGAUUCCAGAGAUGGGCAGGAUGGGGUUGUGAUGCUGCAGAGCUCACAAGACAGGGACAGCAUGAACACAGGUGUGCCAGAUGGAACGGAGGCUGAGGACCUCAGUGAGCCCUGCCUGGGGGAGGGCAACACCAACGAGCACAUCCCUCAUGCCUUCGAUGACAGUAAAGAGUACGUGGCCGCGCAGCUGGGACAUCUUCCAGCUCAGCUCCUGGAGCAUGCUGUGAAUGAAGAUGUCUACAAGAACACUCUGGAAGCUUCCAUGUCAGACCUUAAAGUAACUCUGGCUGAUGAAGGAGCCCCCUUGGAACCAGUAACAUUCGUUUUUGUCUCCAGCUCUGUUAAGGAAGAACAGGAUAUAAAGCCAGUCAUUAAAGAUGAGAAAGGGCGUGCCAGCUGUGGCUCAGGAAGGAACCUGUGGGUCAGCGGGCUGUCCUCCAGCACACGCGCGACUGACCUCAAGAGCCUCUUCAGCAAGCAUGGGAAGGUCGUCGGCGCCAAGGUGGUCACCAACGCUCGCAGUCCUGGGGCCCGGUGCUACGGAUUUGUGACUAUGUCCACGUCAGAUGAGGCCACCAAGUGCAUCAGCCACCUACACAGGACUGAACUGCAUGGGAGAAUGAUCUCCGUGGAGAAGGCCAAAAACGAACCCUAUGGGAAGAAGUCGGCAGACAGGAGAGCUUGUGAUCAGAAGGAGAAGGUGCCAGGGCUGGACAGGCCUCACCCUGUGGAGAUCAAGACGGAGAAAACUGUGAUCAAGAAGGAAGAGAAACUGGAAAGAAAGGAGGAGAAAAGGCCAGAAGACAUUAAAAAGGAGAAGGAUCAAGAUGAUCUCACUUCAGGAGCCGCCAGUCGGUCUCGAGUCACCAAAUCAGGAAGCAGAGGCACGGAGCGGACAGUUGUGAUGGACAAGUCUAAGGGCGAACCCGUCAUCAGUGUGAAGGCCACAAGCAGGUCAAAGGACAGAAGCUCCAAAAGUCAAGACCGUAAGUCGGAGGGCAGGGAGAAGAGAGAUAUCCUGUCCUUCGACAAGAUCAAGGAGCAGCGGGAGCGAGAGCGCCAGAGGCAGCGGGAGCGGGAGAUCCGGGAGACUGAACGGCGUCGGGAGCGGGAGCAGCGAGAGCGGGAGCAGCGACUGGAUGCUUUCCAGGAACGUCGUGAGAAGGCCCGCCUGCAGCGGGAACGGCUGCAGCUCCAGUGCCAGCGUCAGCGGCUAGAACGCGAAAGAUUAGAGCGGGAGCGGCUGGAGCGCGAGCGCAUGCGCGUGGAACGGGAAAGACGCAAGGAGCAGCAGCGCAUUAUGCGGGAGCGUGAAGAACUGCGGCGGCAGCAAGAGCAGCUGCGUGCUGAGCAGGAACGGCGGGCACUGCGCAGACCCUACAACCUGGACGCCAGGAGAGAGGACGGCUACUGGCCUGAAGGGAAACGUGCAGCCAUGGAGGACAGGUACCGAGACUUCCCACGGCCAGAUCACCGCUACCACGGCUUCCACCACCGGGAGCGCAGCCAUUACCAGGAACACGUCAUAGACAGGAGGGACCUGUCCAGACCAGGAAUGGAGGAGCGGGAUAGGCAGUACUACCUAGAUGACCACCAUGGCCACGGAGGGCCCCUCGAGCACCACGGCUGGGACUCCCGAGAUGGCUGGCGUGGCUAUAGCUGUGACAAGAAGUUGAAUGAAGGCCAAGGGCUGCCCCCUCCACCCAAGGUAAACCGAGAAUGGGCAGAGCAGCACAACUCACGGCUGGAGGAGCAGCAGGUUCCUGCCUGGCACGGUGCCGUGGACACAACCAUGACAGGCCAUGAGCACUUACGGUGGCGAGGUGCUGAGCGGGCCAUUGCAGGGCCCGGGCAUGGGCAUGUGGCACCAGGCCGGGGUGGCAUGGCUGGGCAAGGGAGCUUUGCACACGGCGGACAUUCCCAGGGCCAUGUGGUACCCAGUGGUGGACUGGAAGGUGGUGGCGUGACCAGUCAGGACCAGGGUGGCCGAGUCCCCCACCCCCACCCCCACUUCACCCGCCGCUACUGAGCCCUGCUCUGGACCAAACCCUGCUGCUCUAAGUAGGCAGAGGCUGCAGCCCAAGCCACCUCCCACUGUGGCACCGCCAGCAGUCGCAGGUUCUGCCAAGUGUCAUGUGAACUCACUCACUCUCCUGGUGUUUUUAAUAAACACAGUCCCGUUCUGCAUUUGUAAGACAA